GUGGUCCCUCCACCGUCAUGUGACGCGGGCCCUCGCCCCACCCGUCUGCAGCCACUCCCUGUCUCGGUCCCAAGCUCGAGAGGGCCACGUGACACUGUCGGGGCCAGUCACGUGAGGCGCGGAUUCUGGGUGGGAGGGGGUCGGUGGAGGGUUCCGGAGUGGCAGUGAAGGAGGGAGAUGGCGGGGUGCAGGGGGUCCCUGUGCUGCUGCUGCAGGUGGUGCUGCUGCUGCGGUGAGCGGGAGACCCGCACCCCCGAGGAGCUGACCAUCCUUGGAGAAACACAGGAGGAGGAGGAUGAGAUCCUUCCAAGGAAAGACUAUGAGAGUUUGGAUUAUGAUCGCUGUAUCAAUGACCCUUACCUGGAAGUUUUGGAGACCAUGGACAAUAAGAAAGGUCGCAGGUAUGAGGCGGUGAAGUGGAUGAUGGUGUUUGCCAUUGGAGUCUGCACUGGGCUGGUGGGUCUCUUUGUGGACUUUUUCGUGCACCUCUUCAGCCAGCUCAAGUUCGGAGUGGUUCAGACGUCGGUGGAGGAAUGCAGCCAGAAAGGGUGCCUUGCCCUGUCCCUCCUCGAGCUCUUGGGUUUCAACUUGACCUUUGUCUUCCUAGCAAGCCUUCUCGUCCUGAUUGAGCCAGUGGCAGCAGGUUCUGGAAUACCCGAAAUCAAAUGCUACCUGAACGGUGUGAAGGUGCCCGGAAUUGUCCGUCUCCGAACCCUGCUCUGCAAAGUCUUUGGAGUGCUGUUCAGUGUGGCUGGAGGGCUCUUUGUGGGGAAGGAAGGCCCCAUGAUCCACAGUGGAGCAGUGGUGGGAGCUGGCCUGCCUCAGUUUCAGAGCAUCUCCUUACGGAAGAUCCAGUUUAACUUUCCCUAUUUCCGAAGUGACAGAGACAAGCGGGACUUUGUAUCAGCGGGGGCAGCUGCUGGAGUUGCUGCAGCUUUCGGGGCUCCCAUCGGGGGGACCCUGUUCAGUCUGGAGGAGGGCUCAUCCUUCUGGAACCAGGGGCUCACGUGGAAAGUGCUCUUUUGUUCCAUGUCCGCCACCUUCACCCUCAACUUCUUUCGUUCUGGGAUUCAGUUUGGGAGUUGGGGUUCCUUCCAGCUCCCUGGAUUGCUGAACUUUGGCGAGUUUAAGUGCUCUGACUCUGAUAAAAAAUGUCAUCUCUGGACAGCUAUGGAUUUGGGUUUCUUCGUCGUGAUGGGGGUCAUUGGGGGCCUCCUGGGAGCCACAUUCAACUGUCUGAACAAGAGGCUUGCAAAGUACCGUAUGCGAAACGUGCACCCGAAACCUAAGCUCGUCAGAGUCUUAGAGAGCCUCUUGGUGUCCUUGGUAACCACUGUGGUGGUGUUCAUGGCCUCGAUGGUGUUAGGAGAAUGCCGACAGAUGUCUUCUUCGAGUCAAAUCGGUAAUGACUCAUUCCAGCUCCAGGUCACAUCAGAAGAUGUCAAUUCGAGUAUCAAGACCUUUUUUUGUCCCAACGAGACCUACAAUGACAUGGCCACACUCUUCUUCAAUCCCCAGGAGUCUGCCAUCCUUCAGCUUUUCCACCAGGACGGCACUUUCAGCCCUGUCACCCUGGCCUUGUUCUUCGCCCUCUAUUUCCUGCUCGCGUGUUGGACCUAUGGCACUUCUGUUCCUAGUGGCCUGUUUGUGCCUUCCCUGCUGUGUGGAGCCGCUUUUGGGCGUUUAGUUGCCAAUGUCCUCAAAAGCUACAUCGGCUUGGGCCAUAUCUAUUCGGGGACCUUCGCCCUGAUUGGUGCCGCAGCCUUCCUGGGUGGGGUCGUGCGCAUGACCAUCAGUCUGACGGUCAUCCUGAUUGAGUCUACCAACGAGAUCACUUAUGGGCUCCCCAUUAUGAUCACUCUGAUGGUGGCCAAAUGGACGGGAGACUUUUUCAACAAGGGCAUUUAUGACAUCCACGUGGGCUUGCGAGGCGUACCACUUUUGGAGUGGGAGACAGAGGUGGAAAUGGACAAACUGAGAGCCAGUGACAUCAUGGAGCCCAACCUGACCUACGUCUACCCGCACACCCGCAUCCAGUCUCUGGUUAGCAUCCUGCGCACCACGGUCCACCACGCCUUCCCGGUGGUCACGGAGAACCGGGGCAACGAGAAGGAGUUCAUGAAGGGCAACCAGCUCAUCAGUAACAACAUCAAAUUCAAGAAGUCCAGCAUCGUCACCCGGGCCGGCGAACAGCGCAGGCGGAGCCAGUCCAUGAAGUCGUACCCGUCGAGCGAGCUGCGGAACGUGUGUGACGAGCACGUCCCCGAGGAGCCGGCCGAGAAGGAGGACCUUUUGCAGCAGAUGCUGGAGCGGAGAUACACUCCCUACCCCAACCUAUACCCUGACCAGUCCCCGAGCGAAGACUGGACCAUGGAGGAGCGCUUCCGCCCUCUGACCUUCCACGGCCUGAUCCUGCGGUCACAACUGGUCACCCUGCUCGUCCGAGGAGUUUGUUACUCUGAAAGUCAAUCAAGCGCCAGCCAGCCUCGCCUUUCGUACGCCGAGAUGGCUGAGGAUUACCCGCGGUACCCGGACAUCCACGACCUGGACCUGACGCUGCUGAACCCACGCAUGAUUGUGGACGUCACCCCGUACAUGAACCCUUCGCCCUUCACCGUUUCACCUAACACCCACGUCUCUCAAGUUUUCAACCUGUUCAGAACGAUGGGCCUGCGGCACUUGCCCGUGGUGAAUGCCGUGGGGGAGAUCGUUGGGAUCAUCACUCGACACAACCUGACGUUCGAGUUUCUGCACGCCCGACUACGGCAGCACUACCAGACCAUCUGAUGGGCCAGGGUGGCCAGCCCACCCUCUCCCAGAGCUGCCUGAGGGCGCAGCUCACUCAUGCUCCGCCGCCAUGGCUGGCUGGGGCCGUGCCAGGGCACGGAAGAUUCCCACACACCCACUCGCUCGGAAAGCCUACAAUCAUCGAACACUUCGCUGGUCAGAGAUCCCGGGGGUGGUAUUGCACCAGGAGAGCGUGAACUUGCCUGACUGUCUCAGCAAGUAUCUUCCUGUCUCCUGCUCACUGCUUUCCUGCCGUCCAGCAUCGGCUCAGGCCCCAGGCCCCUCCACCCCACUAGUGCCAGGACCAGAGGGGACGUCAGGCCUCACCCCCCGGAGAGUGACCCCCAGAGCAGUUUUCCCGCCCCUCCCUGCUGCUUUCCUAGGGAGCCCAGCUGUUGCCUUAAAUUGUAACAGGAGGGACUUUGACCAAGGCAGACACUGGGGCAAGCGCCAGUCGCAAAAUUAAGUGAAUUCCCAAAUUUAGGGAUUGGGCAGUGAGAAAAUGACCCCUUUCGGGGAGGUCUUCCUUCGUUGGGACCCUUAACUCGAUGUGCUCAGCAGUUCGUUUGGAGGAAGCACCUGUUUUCUGGAGGCGGCUGCUCUGGGCGCACCCCUGCGGCCGCGGUCUCCGUGGGGGCGGCGCCUUCCAGAAGCACAAAGCAUUAAGGUCCCACUGAUCGUCCCUGAGAUAAGUCUGACCAUACGCCCCAAUUUACAACCCCCCCCCCCUAGUUUUUAACAUUUCAGCUUCUCUCUCCUCCGGUCCGUCCCUCGUCCUUUGAUCUGCAUUGACUGACUUUCCUUCAGUUCUUACGUGCGUCUUCCUGGUGAAGCAGCCUGGUGAUGCAGGAGGAUCUUGGCGUUCCCCCCGCCACCCCAAGUUAGCUAAAAGGGCGCCCCACGAUCAAACUGCUCUACCUAACUCCGGGGGGGUGGUACAGUCGUGUCUCAGACAGAAAGAAGCGAGCCCUGAGCCAGUGACCUCGGCAGGAACGUGAUGUGGCUGGAGAAGCCAGUGUCAGGAUGAAGCUUCUUCCCGGAGGAGGGUGUGUGCCCCUCACAAACCUCUCUCAGCCCCCUGCUGCCAACCGGUCCCCAGGGUGGGCAGGACCAGGCCCUGAGGCUAUAGCGUUAACCUUAGGAAGGAGGCCUCUGGCUGUCAGUGACCUGCCUCCCUCCGGGCCGGGUGGUCCUCUGACUGGGCACCCAAAGCGAGCACUUGCCGUCGGGUAUUUGCACUUCUCCCCUGUCGACCCCCGUGCUCUCCCCUUAUUGUGUCCCCAUCCGAGGCCCAUCCUGCAGCCCUGGGGCAGAUGCGCUUUGGGACUCAAGAUGGCCAUUCCUUCGCAUUUAAGUUAUUUUUGUAAAUCGUGGAAGAUGCCUGAGGGCGUGGACGCCAGGGCCUCGGCAACACCUCUUGCCCUCUGCCUGGGGGCGCGCGUCCGUCUGUCCUUCCGUCCUUCUGUCCAUCCGUCCAUCCGUCGGGGCCAGGCCGGCCCAGGCCUUGUGCUCAGCACACUCUGCUCACUCAGUGAGGAGGCUGCUUUCAGGGUCUUUCCCACCUGACUGCGGCCCCCUCUGUUCUUCCCGUUUUCUGGCCUCUGACCAAAAGUACGUUAACUUGUACAUUUUUCAGUUUCCUUGGAUGCACUUGACUUGUGAGAUGUGGAUGGGACCCCCCCCCCCCCCAAUAACUAGUUGGGAGAAUCACAAGGACCAAAAAAGGCAAGCCCUUCUGACUGUGACUGUGUUUAACCGGCUGCCAGUGUGUUUUAAGGCAGCAUUCAGAGCUUGGCCAACAUUAAUCUUUCCCUUUAUUAAGAAAGAAAGCAGUUCCCUGAGUCAGGCAAACGUCUGGACCACCCAUCACAGGAACAACCCCCUCUUCCCAUCCCUCCCUGGAAUCGGCAGAACUAAAGUGCUGCGGAGGGACCUCUGGCCUCCAGGGGUCUGGGACGCCAGCUGCCUGCCUCAAGGCCGCCCUGGGUGAAUGCUGUUGGAAUGUACCCCCCCAGUGCACACUGCCUUGCAUUUAAGUCACCAGAUACUUUGGCCCCACUGGUGUAGCCCAGAGGCAGAUGGCACCGUGCAAAUGCCUCCCUCCAUCCGCUGGCCGCCACCGACCCAGACUCCCUCUGGAAAGGCACGUUGCUUCCUGUCCUUUGUGGGCGUCUGCCCCUCCCAGAUAAGCCCAAAGACAGCGACUGCCCCACUUGUAACAAAGUAACUGGAAGCCUCACCCCUUUGAUAGUGAGAAGCCCACGUUGUCACCAUCUCCCCCAUCACCAGUCCCGUCGCCUCCGGGUGGGAUGGCAUGUCCAUAAACAGAACCCACAGGGGGACCACGGGGGUGGCCGGAGACGGUUUUCUGUGUUUCAUCUCGUGCUUGGUGUUUCCGGUUCCCCAGCUGAGGUGAUCGGGAGCUAGGGAGCGAGAGUCCCUCCGGACCGUGGGACCUUUGCGCUCUGGGGGGUGAUUUGCUCAUGACCUUGAUUAACUAGCAGUUCCUGGCUGGGAUGGACGCUUGCUUGCUUGACCCAACCAACUCUAUGACAUUUCUGAUGCAAAAUCGCGUACUGAUGCGGCCCUCGGAGACCAGGAAGCCUCUGGAAAGGCCAGAAGCACCCUCCUGGGCCCUGCAGUGUCAAUGUACAGUGUUGCCCCCCAGCUCCGUGGACCUUGGUCACCUCGACAGUAGCAGCUUCCUUUUCUCUGUUUGCACUGUUGGUUUGUAUAGUAAUACUAGCUAAUCCUAUUGUGUACAUAAAUUGUAUUUUUUUUUAAUUUGUAAAAUUCUAUUUUUAUUUGGACUUUUGGAACUUGGAAGUUCUCAUUGUAACCGUAACACAUCAGAAUAAAAUGUCUUCAUCUGUCUCCUUCGA